GUAACACCUGCAUUGCGGCGUGUGUUGUACUUUUUUUAUUCACGUUUUAUUCCCAAUCGCUAAUGUUGUAUGACGAGAUUAGAAAUAACCGUGAUUAAUUGACCCGGGGCCUUGGUUUCCCAUGAUGCAUCGCUUUAUUUUGUCUAGUAGCUCGGGGAGAUGAUAGGGAAUCGACACAGCCGCCCUCCCCUCGCACCACGGCGAGCCCCUGGCAGCAGCACCGACAUGCCCCACAAGGCAGGACGCUCUUAGCCGGGCAAGGCUGCUCAACCACAACCUACAACCUUUCACAGGAUAUUCGACGGCCGCAUAUUUUCAGCCAUAAGGUUGCCAGGCUGGUGUGUCUGAACAUUAUCAGCCAUGGCAUCAGCAAAUGUUACACUGGAAAAUCAGCUGCACAGUGCACAGAACAACCUGCUCUUCCUCCAGCAGGACCAUGCCAGUACGUUGAAGGGGCUACAUGUCGAGAUUCGCAGAUUACAACAGCAAUGCACAGAUCUGACCUAUGAGCUCACUGUGAGAAGCUGUGAUCCCUCAGACAGCGGUGAAGUCCGCUGCAGGGAGCUACAAAGGAGGUGCGAGGAGCUGGAGACCCAGCUAAAGAAGAAGGAGGAGGAGAACACAGAGCUACUGCGGGAUCUCGAGCAAAAGAACGCCAUGAUCUCCGUCCUAGAAAACACCAUUAAGGAGCGAGAGAAGAAGUACCUGGAGGAGCUCAAGAUGAAGAGCCACAAGCUGGCCGUUCUGUCGGGGGAGCUGGAGCAGAGGGCGAGCACCAUUGCUUACUUGACCUCGCAGCUCCACGCCACCAAGAAGAAGCUGCUGGCCGGCAGUUCGUCUGAGGCCAGCCCCAAUGUGAGUCCGGUCACUUCUUACAAGCCCACGCCUCCACCGGCCAAGGACCGGCAACCCGAAACCCCGCGGCGACGCAUGAAGAAGAGUCUCUCCCAGCCUCUUCACCCAGAGUUGACUGAGGUGUAUCGGCUCGGCCCGGACGGCCGGCGGGUGGUUCUGCGGGAGCCGGUGGACGCCAUGCCCGACCCCACGCCAUUCCUGCAGGCCGGGAGAGAGUCUCCCGAACCGCAGGUGGUGCGAGAACGGCCUGCCGUCAUCCCUCCCAUUGCCUCCGAGCGCUCCCCCAUGACUCCCCUGGGUGCCACGGCCAGCCCCCGGCACAGCCCUGCUCGGGACCGUCAGCUCAGGGCUCAUGUGGGCGUGGCGCACCGCAUUCCACAUGGCCCCCCUCUCCUGGCCCCGCCGCAAGCAGAGCUGGAGACACUGGCAGUGGACCAGGUCAACGAGGAAAAGGUUGUGCGGAAGCGCUCGGAAGCCGACAGAACAGUUUAACACUGCAAUGCUAAUAAUAACACACACACACACACACCUACUCUGACAACAGAGCAGGGAGGAGCCUGAUCCACUGUGUAGCCUGCUUUUUACCCAACACUGCAAUAUGAAAAAAGGAUAAAAUGAUUAUUCUGUUCAUGGUAUUCCACAAAGACUUUUGUUUUUCUUAAUAUACAUUAGAAAACGACGACUAUAAAGCAUGCCAAAUGUUUCUUAUUUGCAACCAAUGAGAUCUUGUAUAAUACCCAUCUUGACUUUUGCUCAGACUUCCUCUUCAUUCCGUCUCAUGUGAUGAAUACAACGAAUCCUCAGCCAAAUGUCUGCUUCAGUGCCUGCUCGCCCGGAUCAAUCCCACUCAAGCUGCGUACUCAUGGCUCAGUUACCUUUACAUACCUCCAUCUUCUCAACAGCCUGGACAUAUCAACAAACUAUAUAACGAGAUGUCUGCAGCUGCAUAGGAUAGAACUGAAAUUAUUAAACUAAUACUCCCCCCGAAUGUCUUUUAUCUUCUUGUGAUAUCAGUAUGAUAACGUUUCUGUAUGUACGAGCUGCAUAAUGUGCAAUUGAGAUUUGCUAGUGGAAGAGCUGGGGAUUCUCCUUUCCUCUGACUUGCAGAUACAGCUGUGGUGCACAUGUGUAAAAGCAGUAUAAAAGGAUGGUGAACAGGGCGUAUAUCUAUCUGUGUGUGUGAGAGAGAGAGUGUGUUUCUGAGAGACAAUGAAGGCCAUCGUGAGAAUAAGUUUUGGCUUCAAAAAUACCCACUGAUGUUUUUUGUGAUACAAGGGCAUUUUUUGCAACACUGCUGUUAUAGGAUUUUGUAAUAUUAUUAACUGUACUUUAUAAAGGCUAUACAUUUGUAAUGAAUCCUUUUUUAUUUAUUGUUUAAUAGAGAACCCCAAAACACCUCAGAUAUUGACAGUAGUCGCUGCACCACCAACAUGACGGUAAUUAUAAUCACUUAAUAACCUGCUUUUCACAUUAUUAUCACUUGUUCUUGAAGUAUACGAAUGAAUCUAUACAAUAAAGCAAUGCUUUUAUUUGG